AUAUAGUGGCCCUUUAAACCGGCAGCCAUGUUUUGAUAAUCAAUUGAUGGACUUGUUGAGGUUGCGAAAAACUGAGCGUUGUUGCUCCUCUUGUGAUGAUGAAGAUGUCGGGAGGAAGAUAAUGGGGUGGCGGUCCGAAUUUCUGUUUCUGCCAUCCUCUAGUAUUAUGUUUUAUCCGACUUCUGACGGCUGCAGUUGUGGUUUAACGUACAGAAAAGGAGGGAAACGCUCAGCGCCCGGAAAUAAAUAAUUAUAUCGACGGUAUUUGCAAGAGGCAGCAGCGUCUGGGUGGAGAUGGCGUUCAUGUCCCGUUUCUCCAGGUCUAGGAGCAGCUCAAGGAGUCCGAACAGGAAAGACUCGGAGCGCGUCUCGCCGAUCCUGUCCGUGUCCGAACUGGAGCGGCUACUGUACACGGGGAAAACCGCCUGUAACCACGCGGAUCAAGUGUGGCCGCGGCUCUACAUUGGCGACCAGGACAUUGCGUCGGACAGGCGCGAGCUGGCUAAACUGGGCAUCAGCCACAUCCUCAACUGUGCGCAGAGCAAGUGGCGCAGCGGUGCCGAAUGGUGUUCUACAAGAAACGGGUGA